UGUUGGUAGGAAAUGCGGACACGGCGAGAUGUCAGUAGCCGUGCUUAUCUUUUCCAGCGAUGCGGCCCAAUACACUCUUCAGGGAGCUUUCUUGACUUUUAAAAACGAAACGCACAUGUCUUCUCAAUGCCAAUAUUUAUGAGGAUCUGGUUUCAUACGGAUGAGCGGGACAGCAGCGCACAGUGGCAGUGUUUAGCUAACACCUCUGCUAGCCCAGCAACACACCACCCACCAGAGAAAGAGCCCUAACCACACGGGCUACAUCUCACUGUUCAUGUUAUAAUUGAAACUUUACUAUCAUCUCAAAGGCGAACCAGUGGCUUGCCACACUCACACCUUCCAUCCGGUCAGCGGCGAGGGGGUCACGGUAACCGAAGUGGACAGGAGCCUCCCCGCCCCCCGGGACAGAUCUCACAGCUGCGGCUGUUACACAUAGAGGGGCAGCUAUGGCUGAAAUCUCUGCCCUCAAUCCUUCACCCCCUGGUAUGGGCAACCAAUCAGUGCAUGCUCACUCUAGCCCACUACCUCUCCCAUCAGAAACACCCAUCUCAAAAUCAUCUCUAAAUGGGGACCGAGCAGUGAUGGGGAACCCAACAUUACAGGCAGGAGGUGGGAAAAACUCCCCAGGUUCAAUUUGGGAGGCCACACCUGCCCAGAACAGUUCUGCUCCCUCUACAAUGGCAACAAAGAGUCCUGCUGAUCCACCAGUACUAGCUGCUGCAGAUGGAGGGUCUAAUGGGAAAACUGAUUUAAUUGGCCACACAGAAGCACAGUGCUCAGAGCAGGAGCACAAGAUGCCAUUUUCCCUUGAACUUAAUCCCAAUCCUAAUCUCUACCCCAAUGUUCAUAUUAACCAGAUCUCCAAUCCUGCACCCCCCAGUUACAUUCCACCUGAGCUUCCCUUUCCCUCUGUUCCCAUUUUUGCAGAACAUCUCUCAACCUCCAACCCUGCCCCCAUUCACUCAUCACAAGACUCCAGCCAAACAUCAGCAGCUCCUUCUGAAGCACAAGCACCCACCCAGAACCCUAAACCCAGCACUCCCAGUACAGACAAGAUGGCCCCUGAGCCUCUUUGCACACCCUCCAAAGUUGAGCCUCCAGCUGUACUGGUGCAGGAGUCAGGUGGGUCCCUGGGUUUGCCAUACACAGUCACAUAUACACGUCCUGCUCCGGACACGCUUAGCUACCUGGAGUCAGCUAGCCUGAUGUCAGGCACGCUGGAGUCUUUGUCUGGGCUUGGUGAGGAUGGCAGUUCGCUGGGGUCAGACUCUGAGAUCAACGGCCCAUUGCGACGUACUGAUAAAUAUGGGUUCCUGGGAGGAGCGCAGUACAGUGAGAGCAGUGAGGCUGAGAUCCAGUUGGCUGUGGCAAGACAGAGAGAGAUGAAAUGGCUGGACAUGUUCAGAAACUGGGACAAGUGGAUAUCACGACGCUUUCAAAAGGUAAAAAUUCGCUGCAGGAAAGGAAUCCCCUCUUCGCUCAGAGCUAAAGCCUGGCAGCUGCUCUCCAACAGUCAGGAACUUCUCGAGUCCAAUCCUGGGAAGUUUGAGGAGCUGGAGAAAGAGCCAGGAGAUCCAAAGUGGUUGGACAUCAUUGAGAAGGACUUGCACAGGCAGUUCCCAUUCCAUGAGAUGUUUGCUGCUCGGGGAGGAUAUGGCCAGCAGGAUCUGUUCCGGAUUUUGAAGGCCUACACCAUUUACCGCCCGGAUGAGGGCUACUGUCAGGCCCAGGCACCAGUGGCAGCAGUUCUGCUCAUGCACAUGCCUGCUGAGCAAGCCUUCUGGUGUCUCGUGCAGAUCUGUGAGAAAUACUUGCCUGGGUACUACAGCGCUGGGUUGGAAGCUAUCCAGCUUGAUGGAGAGGUUUUUUUCUCUCUGUUGAGGAGAGUGUGUCCCAUGGCUUACCGCCACCUGAAGAAAUUUAAGAUAGACCCAAUCCUGUACAUGACAGAGUGGUUCAUGUGCAUCUUCUCCCGUACGCUGCCUUGGGUCUGCGUCUUACGCGUCUGGGACAUGUUUUUCUGUGAAGGAGUGAAGAUUGUGUUCCGGGUGGGUCUGGUGCUACUCAAACAGAUGCUGGGAUCUGUGGAUAAGCUCCGUGAGUUGCAGGGCAUGUACGAGACUAUGGAGCGACUGAGGAACAUUCCCCCUGAAACUAUCAGGGAGGAAUUUCUUGUGCAAGAGAUUGUCACUCUAUCUGUGACAGAGGCUCUCGUUGAGAGAGAGUGCAGUAUUCAGCUGCGGAAGUGGCGGGAAUCUCGUGGAGAGUUGACCCAUCAACCAGGCCGUAGGCUGCACGGCACACGGGCCAUCUUUGAGCAAAAGCACAGGGCCGAUGCUAUCAGCUCUGGGGGAAGCCUGUCCUUCUUGGGUGGUCCUCCCCCUGGCCCCUUGCGUGCUUCAUCAAGCCUCCUUUCCCUUUCCGGCCUUAUAAAGUUCAAGACACCAUUUCAUUCUCAUAAUAAGAAAGGCUCCAUCUCUGGCAGCUUGGGCACAGAUGCUGUCCCACUGCAGCCCCUUGGAAGUAGCAUUGGUGUAGUGGAACCACAAUCUUCGGCCGGUAUGACCCACUCAAAGCCUCCUGUAUCACCUCCCCAUAAUACCGGAGACGGGGGGAGGCCGCAGGCACUGCAUGGUCCCAGUCCACUAGCUGCAGCAUCUUCUGCUACCAUGGCACCAGCUCCAACUGCACAUGCAUCCAGUGCACACACACUCCAACCAAAAGUUGUCUCUGAACACAUCACCCCCACCAUCCCCUCACCCACCGCCAACAACGCCCCAUUACCACCGUGCCCCGAGUCCACAAAUACAGCACCUGCAGGGGCAGCAGAAGAGGAUGGAAAGAAGAAAAAGAAAAGCAAAGAGUACAAGAAGAGGGAGAGAGAGGAGGAAAAGCAGAAAUCUCGAGAAAAGAAGGAGCGGGAAAAGACAGAGAAGGAACGACUGAAGAAAGAGAAGGAGAAAGCUGAGAAGAAAAAGGAAAAGGGGGGGAAGAGAAAAGACAAAGGAGGAGGUGGAGGUGGAGAGAUGGAGGAGAAGAAUGGAGGCGCAGCAGCGAAAGAUUUGGCCUAAUUCCUGACCUGUCAUCUCUUCAGAUAGAAGGGCAGAAGAAGGAGGAUGUGGGAUGGGGGGAAAAAAAGGACAAGGAAUCAAAGUGGCUGCAGGCUGGUGGAAAGAGAGAGAGAAUGAAAGAGAGGGAAAGACAGAGAGGAUAAAUGAACAAUCUCCUGUAACGUCCAUUUCAUCUUAAGUACUCAUUUCACAAGGAUAACUGGAUCACUGCACCCGCCCCACAUGCUUCACUUUUUAUCAUCUCUUCUGCUUGACAGUGCUUUCAAAGCCUGACGUCAAUCUGACGAAACAUGCUAAAUUGAUUAUUAUUUGGUUUAAAAAUUAUUAUUAUUAUUUAUUUUUUUUAUUUUUUAUAUAAAGGUGUAAACUAGAUUUGUGAGAUCAACAGGAACAGUGUAAUUAGUAGUCAGUUCUAGUAUACUGGGUGCCAUGGUGUACAUAAACCUCAUGCACCUUUUGUGCCAGUUCAGCCCAACAAUCCCUUCUGUACAUCACCUAAGAGACAUCUCAACCAGAAUAUACUGAAUAAAACAUUUCUCAAAUGAAUGCACAGAGAAAAGCAAGGCAACAACUUUAGCCCUUGUGCUAGCAACAUGCAUUAUGUGUGAGUUUUCUGAAGGACCUAUUUAUUCAUUGUACUGUUGUUUGUUAGUGUGUUAUCAUAUGUCUGUGCCUUGGCAGUGUAGUAAAUUUGUAAUUCCUCUUAAAGGAGCUUCUUCCAGUCAUGCUAACAUAGAGAGUUAAAGUGCAAAAGUGUUAGGAAGUGGCCAUUAGAGGGAGUGGAAGAGCUGAGGAACAAAAAGCCCUGAAUUUGAAACUGAGAUCUGGGAGGAAAGGUGCAUCAAAAAGUCAUGACAUGGAAAACCACUUUUUAAGUAUGGUGCAGCAUCUAAUAUUUAAGUUAACAUAAUUACAAAGAGGAGAUUCUUCAAAAAACAAAUAGAUGGCUGAAAGUUUAGAUAUCAGUCUAUCGCUAUGUCAGCCUCACCAAAAAUGCAGCGUUUUAUUGUCACUCCACUUUCUCUGAUCCAGAAUAGCUUGUUUUAUUUUUUUUUUAUUUUAUUAUUUUCUUUGUUUUUUUUCAGCUUGGCCUAAACUGCAGUACUGGUUAAACUCUGCCAAGAGUCUAGUGGUCCAGUAAUUCAAUGUCGUUUGAUGUUAAUUAUUUUGAUAUUAAUAUGGAUGGAGUUUUGCACUGGGGCUUGUUCUAUUUCACCACUAACCUUGAUGGAUUACCUUGAUGUAGGGCACUCUAGUCAAGUUCACAUUACUCCUUCAAUCUGCUUUUUUUGGAUUGGAAGGGUUUGGCGCAGCAGUGUAGCAUUAACCUUUGAAGCUAUUGGCUUCAUGUACAAACUUGUAUUCAUUUUAACAUAAAACUAUAUGAAAUAUAUUACAUACAUUUUUAGUCUAUUGGAUAAUUCAUUUUUUAUUUUUCUAUGCAAGUACACGGAGGCCUGAUAGACUGGAAUGGCAGUGAGCUUUAUUUAUAAAGGGGGCCCAAUGUUAGGAGAGUGUUGUGGAUUUGGAGAACUUUGUAUUUAGUCAAAGGAUUUAUUUUUGUUUUAUUUUUUAUGUGCUGAAAAUUAUUUCUACACAUUUUCUCCCAAUUUCCUGGAGAACAAAGCAAAGCAGUUGUUAUUUAUUUUAGGCAUUUUAAAAUCACAAGUGCUAUGGGAGAUGUUUAUCGUGAUUUCAUACUGAUGAUUAUUUCACUCUAUUCUGAACUUUUUUUCUUUCUUUUUUGUUUGUAAUUAUGUGCCCAUCACAUUGAAGGGGGAAAUUAACCUUUAGAGUUGUUUUUAUAUUGAGAGAGAAGGAAAGGAUGGUCCAGACAUGCUCAAUGAUAUUUAAGAGAGGCAUUUCUUUGUUAGAUAAAUUGUAAUAAAUAACAAACCCCUUACCUGUACAGUGUUACUCUUGUUGUGAAGUGAAAACUGAUAAAUUGAAUACUUACCAUACCCACCAAUCCCUCAGUGUUAUGAAUUAUUCUGAUACUCAUACACCAUAUAUAGUAUUCUUGAGUUUCCGACAUGAGACCUGAAGUGGGAUUUCUGUUAUAUCUAGAUCACAUUGAUCAUCUGGAUUCAGCUGAAGAAUCCCAUGCACUUGCAUAAACCAGAUUUUCACCUAUCAGGCCUCCUUUACUACUGUCUUGUCUGUAUUGCAAAGGGUAAUCAACAGAACUACUUACAGAGGUAUGUACUCUAUGCUCAUCAAGAUUUAAUGCAAGGGUUGUCCAAAGUUUGUUUACUAAUACUCUGAGACAGCUAGGACAUGGUGCAAAGUAUUUGACUUGUCUUAUGGGUUUUUGCAGUGGUCAGUAUGACCAAAUGUAUGUUGUAGGAUUGUUGUAAAAAUCAUUUACAUUUUUUUUUUCUUUUUAGUUUUUUAUUAGGGUUAGUGUUAUCUCAUCCUGUCCACUUGUAUGUCUCAUGCUUGUUUUAAAGUUUACAUUAAACCAUUUACUGUUGAGAAUUAAAUAAAUUGUAUAGUUGUUCCAUAACUGCAGAAGAGGAAGUCCACAUUGUAUUUAAUAAUUAAUUUGAUGACAGCUGUGAUGAAUAAUAAAUCAUAAUAUAUUA